CAGAUUAGAGCUUUUUAACAGUGUGCUUCAAGAAGUUUUAAGCUGUGCUUUAAUUUCCAAUAAAUUUUUGUGACAUCAGUAUCAUAGUCCAAAUAUUUUAUUGAUAUUUGCUGUGGUAAUUGAAAAACAAUAAAAUAGUUUUAAGUAUACCAAUAUAAACCAAACUUUGGGACCAAGUGUUGGGGCCAUCUGAUUAAUUUUAUUUACACCUAUUGGAAAAACUUAGAUAAAAAAUGUGCAAUUAGUGGGUUUAACCAGAAUUAACUCAAAUCAAACCAAAAAUUACCAAGUGAUCAAAAACUGUAGAAAUAUUUUCAUCCAAAAAACUGAUCAGCAAGAUCAAAUAAGUUGAGUUCUCCUAAUCAAAUUAUCCUCAAUCAAUUUCUUUCUGAAAUGUUUGGUUCUAUGGAGCCCAGAAUUACUUUCGAGAUUCCUUCCGGAUUACAAUUGGAAGCUUUGGAAAAUUACACGGUUUUAGUGACAGAAACACAAGGAACCAUGGAUGGAACUGCUUCUACUGGAACUUCCACACAGGAAGCUGAACAGUAUGAACAGCUAUUAGCCGAUGUUUGGGUCGGGGUUGUUUUGACCCUAAUGGUGCUUUCUUGUGUCUGUUGCAUGUGCAGUUGUUUACUCUAUCACAAGUUUCAGCAGUGGAAAAGAAGUGUUUUGGAAGCAAGAGCAACAGCAGACAUAUCCAACAUCGAGCAUGGUUUAGACAACGAAUCCCUGCCAAGUUACACUCUGGUCUCCGGUCUGCCAAGCUACGACGAAGCAGUUAGGCAGCUCCAACAAAUCAAACAAAUGACCAAUCCUCAAUCAACAAAUAUUAAUGAAAACAAGACAACCUUGGAGCAAGAGCAGCAGCAGCAAACGGCAGAUAACAGUUGGACGCCAAGCACUCCUGCUCCAGCUAGGCUGUCGGUUGUAGAUUUAUUCCAUUUAUACAAAACUAGCCAAAGUCAGACAAGCACUCCAAUAAAUCAAGCACCACAAACGACUGUGGCACCAUUGACAACGGUAUCAGAAAGCACCACGCCAAAUGAUUCUAACAAGAUCUCAUGA